UUCAGCAUAAUUCCCAUUUACUUUCAUUAAUAAUAUGUGUGUAUGUGAGAUUUUGUUCUUUGUUGUUUAGGCACCAUUUUUUUGGUUGAUGGAAGGGUAAAUUUUAUGGGAAAUUGAAAAGAGAUUGAUCAUCUGAAAAUUAAAUAGGGAUCAUUCUUUCUGACAGAAUAAAUCUGACUUCUUUUAUUGCAUAAUAGUACUCUCUGAACAUCAACUAUAUCUUUAUCCCUCAAACUAGUUUUCAGCAUCAACAGUUAUCAUCAUUUACUUCAAGAAAACCCCCAGUUGUAUUACAAUCUUGAAGAGAAAAAGAAUAAUUGACAACAAGGUUUUUAGGAAGGUUGGGACUUGGUAGAAAUAGGGGACAGAUAUGAAAUUAGUACAAAUGAUGAAAGGAAUUGAGACAGAGAGAGAGAGAAAUUGGAAUUUUUCUUUAUCCAAUAGCUGUUGAUCAAUGGAACAUGUUUUGUUGGAAUAGAAUGGGAACCAGCAGUCAGCAUGGCUUAAGAAAAGCUAUUGGGGCUCUGAAGGACACCACAAAAGUUGGAUUGGCAAGAGUAAAUGCUGAUGACAAGAUGCAUCUAGAUGUUGCAAUUGUCAAGGCCACAAACCAUGAGGAAGUAGUGCCAAAGGAGAAACAUGUCAGGACUCUCUUGAAUGCAGUUUCAGCUUCAAGUCGCUCUGAUGUUGCUUUCUGCAUACAUGCUCUGCUUAAGCGUCUUGCUAAAACACAUACUUGGACGGUUGCAUUGAAAACCUUGAUCAUUGUACACCGUGCACUGAGAGCUGACCCUUCUUUUAACCAAGAGUUAAUUGUUCUUGGCCGGGAUAGAGGUCUCAUGCUGAACGCAGCACAUUUCACAGAUGAUUCUAGUCCACAAGCAUGGAAUUAUUCGGUUUGGAUUCGAGCAUAUGCUUUAUAUCUGGAAGAGCGUAUAGAAUGCUUCCAUGUAUUGAAAUAUGAUGUUGAUAAAGAUCAGUCGAGAAACAGAAGGCUUGACACCCCGCAUCUGCUAGAGCAGCUACCUGUCUUGCAAGAGCUUCUCCAUCGCCUUCUCAGUUGCAAGCCUGAGGGGGCAGCUUUAUACAACCACUUGAUUCAUUAUGCUCUAUCAAUUAUUGUAGGUGAAAGUGUUAGGCUAUACAUUGCAAUUACAGAUGGAAUUCUAAAUCUGGUUGACAAGUAUUUUGAGAUGAAGCACCGCCAUGCUGUUAAGGCACUUCAGAUUUAUCGGAAGGCAGGAAAUCAGGCAUCACAGUUAUCAGAGUUCUUUGAGAUCUGCAGGGGCCUUCACCAUGGGCAAGGGCAAAAGUACCUUAGAAUAAAACCGCUCCCGGAAUCAUUCCUGACUGCUAUGGAGGAUUAUGUGAAGGAGGCUCCUGAAGUUUUGGCACUUCCAUAUACAGCAAUAAAAGAUGAUCAAGAUGCUGCUCCCAAUGAAACCCCUACUCCGGAAUCUGAUUUGUUAAUAGAUUAUAACCAAGACACUGAUGUUCAAGAAAAAUCAAGCCCAUCUGUUACAUCUUCGGACCAACCCCAGAAUGGUUCAAAGCAGGCUGUUGCAAAGCUAGAGAUUGCUGAUCUUCUGUGCUUUGACGACCCAACCGAGGAUGAGAAAAGUUCCCUUGCUCUAGCAAUUGUUGAAUCUGAGAAUCCUUCAAUUGCUGGAAAUGAUGUCAGCUUGGCUCCUGCAGCUACAGGUUGGGAGCUUGCACUUUUUUGUGCACCAAGCUCCAAUGGAGCUGCCAUUGCUGAGAACAACUUGAUUGGAGAAUUGGACAGAGUAACACUAGACAGUUUAUACGAUCAAGCAAUGGCGACGACAACAACAAAUCAGGAAAGGGCCUACAACUUCGGUCAGGUUUCCAUGAACCCUUUUGAGGAUGAUUACAACCAGGAUAUUUUUUGUGGAAGCAGUAAUGUCACACCCCGAACUGAUGUGCAAAUGGCAGCUAUGACUCAACAGCUAACUUACAUCAUGCAGCAGCAGCAGCAGCAGCAGCAGUCUCCCAUGGCCAUGGUUGGCUACGACUCAACCAACCCUUUUGGGAACCCCUUUGUUGAGCAGAGUGUGCCAUCUCAUCCACCCGACACCCACGCUGGCUUAAUUUAGGUGGGUCUUGAGGCUGUUCCAGAAUACAUUGACUUUGAAACAUGGACUUUUAAGCGGAGAUACGCCAUGGAAGGUUCAUGCUUGUACGCCCC